UUGCCUGUGGAAGAGAAGGCACGCUAUAAUGAAGAGGCAGCUGCUCUAAAGGCUGAAAGAAGUGCAGAAGCCCUCAGUCCUGAGAUGAGGGAACUAAAGAUCUCCAGGCAUUUAAAUCAAAUCAAGAAAGAGGUGACCAUGUUGGAGACGCUAGGGGUGGAAGUCGUCACACUGGCGUUCAACCGCUUCAGUAUGGACCCAAACGUAAAAGUGCAGCAUAUUGCUAGCAGGAAGACGGAACCCUUUCUUAAUGAUGCCUCUAUCAGAGCAUUUGGGAUUUUCUUAGCUGACACGUCAUCUGCAGCCACUGCAGCAUCAUCUAGAGAAGAUGAAAAAAAAGACUUGAUGAAGAAGGUGCAAGAACUCUUCAACAAGAAAUAUAACGAGGCAGGUGGGACUGGGAAACUUCCCUACAAGAAGGCGAUCGUGCAGGCUACUGGUCUUCCCCAAGGAAUGACAUUGCGAAAGCCCAACUUUUAUGGGAAAGACCAGCUCAAGGCAAUCCUGGAAAAUGCACACCAGAUUUCGCUUCAAAUAAGAAAAGAGUUGGAUCCAGAAGGCCUGUCACCCUCUCCAGGUCGUCCUCAGACAAGCCUUCCAGUCAUCCCGGUUCUCCAUACAUCCGGCCAGCUCGCCGGUGCUUUGUCCUCCCAAUCCCUUACACAAGGUCCAGAAAGCCAGUCACCCCAAUCCCUUACACAAGUGAAGAAAAAGAAAAAAGGAGGAAGUAGGAAACGGAAGGCUGUAGUGGAGCUAUCUCAAGUUGAAGAUGACGCCAUUGUGAACGACCCUACCAAAAUAUUUAUGGCCAUGAUGGUACAGAGGACGGGAGUCAACAGCACGCUGACACCAAGGAGGCUGUUGGAGAUAACCUGUGCAACGUCUGUGGAUGUGAUUGGGAGGAUGCUGACAAGAACCUGUACAAGAAGUGGCGUGCCUGGUCCAAAUGCACUGUCUGCAACGGGUGGUGUCACACUGCAUGUAGCUUUAAGAAUCAAAAGUGUGUUCAUUGCAGGGAAGGGUGACCAGAUCCAAACUGUUAAUUUGAGGGACAAACGGGCAAAGAAAAAAAGAAGAAAAAAAGAAAAAAUAGCCAAUCUACAAGCUCAAAAGGACGUGUUUUAGCUUGUAGAUCGGCUAUUUUUAUAUGACAGUACAUGCAAUGUGGCCCCUCUGGAGUGAGAGUUGAAAUAUAGUGGCCCUCUCCAUCUUCAAAGUUGCCCACCCCUGCUUUAGCCACGGAAAUAUUUCUCAUGUUAUUUUAACAGACUUAAAAACACAUCAGCAGGAAAAAGACAUUGAGUUACAACUUAAAGCCAACUAUUAAGGGACUAUUUGAACACUAAUGGCUGCCAGUCAAAAUGUGGGACAGGGUCUCAAUAUGUUGGACGCUUGAAAAGUCUUGGAAAUGAGGGAGCUCCACACAAAGAGGGGCAUCUAGUUUUGUUCUUGUUCAUGCACUUUUGUUGCACUUUUUUUAUUUAACUUGUU